AUGCGAGCGCACCGCGGCGAAUUGGUUGUCGAAGUAAUUACUGCUGAGCAGCUCAGCAAGAAACAUGAAGCGGCACUGAAGGAAGCGUUGAACAAAUUUGCAAAGCCUGGACAGAAUUUGCAAAUUAAAAUGAGCGUGAAACCGAGUAUUCUUGGUGGCAUGAUGGUGAGUAUCGGUGACAAGUUCAUCGACUUGAGUAUAAGCUCACAGUUCAAGAAAUUCGAGGAUAUUUUGUGGAACGCUGCUUGA